AUGAAAGCAGUUGGCACAGCUGCUAAUACUGGUACUGGUGGAGGAAAGGUAGUGACGUCUCCCGAACAAGAGUGUAGGCAGUGCAGAGGCCAUGCAGAGUGUGAGAAGAUUAUUGCUGAAGAUUUGAGAGCAGUUCCUCUGCAUCACUAUCCAGAGUUUGUGGAGGCCUGUGCAGACCUCAUCAAUGAAGAAUGGAAGAGGAGCAAAGCAUCUCGGAUUCAUUCACUCCAUAAAUCCUCCAAUUGUUUUCCAGUUUGCCUCGUGUUGAUAAGGACUGUGAAGAAUGUAGACAAUCCUAGGAAUGAAACCAAAGGACAACUGUUGGGUCACAGCAGGCUCUCUCAUGUAGUUGGCAAGCCCACAGGCUUAUUUGUGGAGACAGUUGUUGUUGCUAAGGAAUUCCGGGGCAAAGGUUAUGGUAGAAAGUUAAUGGAAGCCACAGAAACCUAUGCCAAACGUCGUGGGUUCAACACGCUAUAUCUCAGUACUCAUGAUAAACAACAUUUCUAUUCCCAUUUGGGAUAUGUGUUAUCAAAUCCAGUCCAGAAUGCGGGGUCGAUGACCACAUUCAUGCACAUGGAAUUCCUUGAAAAGUUGUCUGUGGGUUCUACUCUGCCACAGUCAUCUAAUUCCAGUCACUCUAAAUCAUUAAGGACAGUUUUAGGUUGUUCAAGUUAUGUAUGUUCAGGUAUGACUACGCACCCUAAAUCUCCAAAUUCCUCAUCAGCUCAUUUACAUUUACAGACCCCACACCCAACUCCUAAACCUCCCCCUAUUUCACCACCUAUUCCCCCUUUACAAAUAUCUACCCCUCCAAUUUCUGCCUCUGCUCAAACAUGUAAACUCAGUCCUCGUCCACCAUCUCAUCCAAUCUCAUCUUCCCUGUCAAAUGGGUCAGUAACUUCUCGAUCCAAUUCCUUUGCCACAUUCUCUCCACAACCUGGACAACAUCAAGCUCCUGCGUCUUAUUUGUCAACCCCUCCACAGUUAAAUGUUUCACCCCCACACCCACCCCCCCUUCCACCCUCACAGUUAACCCAAUUACCUUGUCAUUCCCAUACAUCAGGAGACCACUACAGACCAUUUCAGCAGAAAGGAAACACUACACAGAGCCUGUUGGAGACCCCCUAUAGAGAUGUCAAAGGACUUCCUGUCUUCUGGAUGAAGAAGGAACUGUAACGAUAAAACUGUGUUCUACAUGUAUGAAGGAAGCUAUUUGACGACUGUUGUUGAGUCAGCUGCUGCCAACUGGAAUGCAAUGGGAAAGAAACUAAAAGGAGAACCUUAAGAACUAGUUGUUAGUAGUCUUUAUAGUUGGAUGGUUGCCUCAGUUAAUAUUUCAGACUGAGAACUAUGUUACUGCUAAAUUAAUGUCAGUUUGUUAAAGAAUGAUAGAAAUAACAGCCAUCAAAAUGUGUUUUAACCUGGAAUGUAUAUUAGCGUGCAGGUGGCAUUCUUGCAUGGUCUUUUCCUGGAAUAACAUGUCCAUCAUACAUGUGAAACCAGCUCCCUGGAAAUUCAAGACAUGCUAUUCAAAAUAUCUCAUAAAGCAAUAAUGUACUCAAUAACUGUUCACUGUUUUGAGAAAAUUCUAUGUCAGUUGAUGAAUGUACAAAAGUAUAUGGUGU